UCCUCUCCGUUUACAAUGCCGCAGAAUGAAUAUAUCGAGGAACAUAUCAAACGGCAUGGUAGACGGUUGGAUUACUAUGAGCGAAAGCGGAAAAAGGAAGCUCGUGCGGUUCACAAAUCCUCUGCAAUUGCCCAAAAGACCUUUGGCUUGAAGGCGAAACUCCUUCACGCUAAGCGUCACCGAGAAAAAGUCCAGCUCAAGAAGACUCUCAAAGUCCACGACGAGCGCAAUGUGAAGCAAGCCGAUUCAUCCUCCGUACCGGAUGGUGCCCUGCCUGCAUACCUUCUUGAUCGUGAGGGACAAAAGGAUGCAAAGGCCCUGUCAUCUGCGAUCAAGCAGAAGCGGAAAGACAAGGCUGCAAAAUACUCUGUGCCGUUGCCGAAAGUGCGGGGUAUUGCGGAAGAUGAGAUGUUCAAAGUAGUGAAGACGGGGACGAAGAAGAGUAAAUCGUGGAAGCGCAUGGUGACGAAGGCUACAUUUGUCGGUGAAGGGUUCACACGUAAACCGGUGAAAAUGGAACGGUUCAUUCGACCAAUGGCGCUGCGAUACAAGAAAGCGAAUGUGACGCAUCCUGAUCUGAAAGCGACCUUCCAGUUGCAAAUAUUGGGUGUCAAGAAAAAUCCCCAAUCACCGAUGUACACCCAGUUGGGUGUCCUAACUAAAGGGACUGUGAUAGAGGUGAACGUAUCUGAGUUGGGGAUGGUUACUACGGGUGGCAAGGUGGUUUUUGGGAAGUAUGCUCAAAUUACCAACAAUCCAGAGAAUGACGGUUGCGUGAACGCAGUACUUCUCGUAUGAGUGUUGUUUCUCUGCCCUCUCGUCUAUCUUUCGUCCAUCGCAAUACAUUGUGUAGUGUAGUUUUCUCUUCUGGUAGACUCCUUAGGGUAGCUCAAAGCAUUACGGACACAUGCUUGUGUGUGACUACUAGCAGAUUACACAGUUAAAUGAAGUGGAACUGGGGUCUCCGGAG